UGUCAGUAAAAAGACACUUGAUAAUACGACUUUUCCUCGAUCGAUGCAAUUAAUGCGUUCGGUUUUCACUUGGCAAUAACACUGUCGUGCAUUCAGUAAAAAAGUGGUAAAAUCAACUUUGAUUUAAGGCAGUUGUUCCAGACAGUUCCAGACAGUUAGAUGAUGCUUCUAAAUGUGAUAUCAUGUGAGUUAGAUGUGAUGGGGGGCUCUACAGCUCUGCCUGCUUCCAUCGAUGAUAGGUAAUAUUAUUUCAAGUAUUUCAAAUUGGGUUCAUAGUUCUGAACUUAUUAGCUUACGCUAAAUUCUGCACAAGAGUAAGCUUUGAAGCAUAUGCCUUUUCAUCUUGCAUAUCCAGACAACGUGAACACGUACGUUUUCCGCAUGUCCAUGCGGGAAGCUUGAAACAAUAUGCCAUAAGCUUUUUCAGUUCAUAGUUUCCAGACAUGCCGUCGAGGAAUGUUCCUCUUGCCCUUCUACUUGUACGGAGAAAAAAUUAAAAGGAACAGCAAAACAUGCUGGUAUGUUCUACCUACAAAUACUUUGCGAACCGUUUGGGGGGGAUUGUGCCGUUAUUGUCAACGAGUCGCGUUUGAUGUCAAUGAUUCCUGUAUAAAUAGCCAUUUUUCUUGCUCCUGUCCAAUAAUUAAAUAUUUCUGCCGAUUCCUUACCCUGGGUUCCAGACCGACGCUCCUCUAGUAAGGAAUCAUACAUGUGGGGGUAUUUUUGUAUCUCUUCACAAAGUUUUCUUUCAGAGUCGGCCAUUGCUAAGACAUUUUCCGUACGGAAGGCAAAAAAAGUUGAAGAUUUCUCAACUCGAUAAGUUCAAGGCAUACGGGUUUGCGGAAAACAGAAUAAACUUCCUUGCGCUGACACGCAAAACUAUUUUUUGAUAUAAUGUAGAAAAUGAUGCAUGGAAUCUUAAUUUCAAGUUUUCGGUUAAUUAUUAUUGUCCGUACUAUAUAGCUAGGUAUUUACGAAAUAAUAGUGAUUACAAAAGAUACUACUCCCAAGAUUAAUUAGAUAAAUUGAAUGAAGAUACAAAAAUCCCAAAUGAAAUAAUUAAUGAGCCUAAAGGUGCAAUUAGAUAAUAAAAGGAAUUAUAAACAAUCGAAUGUACAAAAGGUGUUAAAUAACUAAGGUUACAAGUUGUAAAACAAACGAAAUCCAAACUAGCACUAUUACACCAUUCGGGAGAAAAUCAUGAGAGAAUUCCUAGAAAGACUCAAAGAUAGUUCUGGCAAGUUCUUGCAGGAAGAAACGUCUGGAACCUCAAAUAUGCGGACGACACGACGAUUCAGGUCCAGAAAGGAAUGCAAAGAGAUGGGCGAGGAAAUGAUGACCGUUAGCAAAGAAGUGGACCUCUACAUCAAUAAAUCCAUUUGCAAUGAAAGUGCACGGAGGUGGAGAGUUGGAGAUCGAUGGUGAAAGGAUUGAGGAAGUGAAAAAAGGUGAAACUCAGGGGAUCAUAAAGAGUAGAAUUUCUCAUUUCUUGAACUGUUGCAGACAAAAUGGCAGAAAUGUGGCAGUCAGGAGAAUUGAGCAUUCGUCUUAAAGUAAGACUAAACUAUGAUGGUUUGGAGCAUAGUUUUGUAUGGUUGUGAAACGUGAACCAUAAAUAAGUAAGACAGAUAAAGAUCAAUGCCUUUGAGAUGUGCCUGUGGAGAAAAAAGAUGAGAGUUAGACAGGGGUGGCGCUAGAGACAAACCUUCAAGGUGCCGAAGUUUAUAUUCUCCGUAACUGCCGACGCUGAAUGUGUCAAAUUGCCGACAGGCAGGGCCGUCGCGAGGCAAGCCUUGUUUGGGGUGAGGUGUGUAAUGCAAAUUUACCUGAUUAAAAAAUUAUUGCCUUAAACUUUUUAGCUGGUGUCACAAACCUCUGCAAUACAUUUUGUCAAUCUAACUCUGUAUGAUAAUAACCGACUUUCCUAAUAGUCUUGUCAAAUCUCUAUAUCGGGACGGGCAAAAUAUAUAGUUACUACCUGAGGCGGCACCAUGGUUGCCGCCGAAGGGACAGGAAAUGCACUCUUUUAAGCAGAUUUCACUAAAGCAAUCCUCCUAAUCCUAUUGAAAAUUAUUGUCUUUUUGCAAAACUUUUUUACAGCAGUUAAAAACAACAUCUUUGCCGUGGUCUUGAAAAAUACCAGGUUGUCAGUUACUUCUAAAUUUAGAUCCCUCUUUCCAUCUUAGCAUGCCUUUUGAAUGUUAAGGAAAAUAUGGAGCUCAUAGUGAAUUGCAGUUGACGCUUCUACUGGGAAACUUUAGGAGAAAUGGACACGAGGCACAAUUUUACCUAAGAUAGCUUGAUCCUUCAUUGAUUUUAUGACAGGAAAGUCUCUGAAAUACCUAAAGCGUUUCUUCCACCGAGCGGAUUUUACCUGAAAUUUCCUAUUGAGAUACUAUUGGGGUGGGUGUGACAACCCCCCAGUCGCGAAGCCCCUGAGCAGCACCUCCAAUGAAGGGGCACCGAGGGGUCAUGGCCCCCACUUUUUUACAAAGCAAUAGAGCAUUUUUCCAAAAUCUUUUGUUGUGGGUGCAAAAUUCUCCCUUGACCCCUCCCCACUCCCCACUUUCCAACCUGUGUCGGAGUCCACGAGAUUUUCUCGGCAAUUUGUGCCUUGUAAGAAACUUAAUGCGCAAAUAUUGCCUAUAGUUGAAUAUUUCUUCCUAUCUAUGGUGGAAGAAGUUAAUCGAUGGUUUUCUCUAAACCAUUUGUUUGUCACAAGCUAUGCGGUGAACAAUGCUAUUGAAAAAUAGUUGAUGAAAAAGGAAAAGAAAUGCUUUUUGAAAAAUCUAUUACGCAAAAUGUGCUCAUGAUCGAAAUGUUUUCAUUGGCAAUAAUAAUGUCUUGAAACGAAAAGAGAAUCCCUAAAAUUCAUUAAAGACUUUAUUUAUGACAGCGUGAUUUUGCUGUUGUUAGGGUAAAUUUCCUUGAAACGGUCCAAAACAUGAUUCAAAUCAAGCAUCUCUGCACGAUUCGCAUGAAUUCCAAGCAGCAACAGGGAUUUCAACUGAGAGGGGCACCAUGGUGGGUCAUGCGAGGGAGCACCAUGAAAUUAAGUCACAGCUUUCACGGGAGCGACAGGAUAUAAUGCCACUAUGAUAAUAAAAUUGCCGAAGAAAAGCCAUUGAGAAAACCAUAAACCAGCCAGUGCAGUUUUCUCCUCGAUUAUUUAUGUCAUUCAAAAACAUGUAAACCGGGUGACAUCCAUCAAGUGCCGACGGUAUUGAGAAAGCAAAAAUUGAUUGGCUGCCGACGGGGGGGCUAACAAAAAUCUAGGGGGGGCUAAAGCCCCCCCUUGCCCCCCAUGCCACCACUCCUGGAGUUAGAUGGACAGAGAGAGGAAAAAAUGAGUGGGUAAUAGAACAAGUAGGAGUAACCAUAAAUCAUAGGGUGUCGCGUGAAGUUCGAAAAAGAAAAUUCAGAGAAUAUGGCCAUUGGAAGAGGAGAGGUGACAGCUUGGUACUUUCUUCCAUUGAAGGGGGGACGGAAGGAGAAAGAAAGAGAGGGAGAGAGAGAGAGAGAAGAAUGGAUGACAAAAACCAUAAUAUGGCAAGGCGAAAUGAAGCAAGCUUAUAGACAUGCUUAUAAGAGGAGGUCAAUGGUCCAAUCUUGAUGGACUUCGGCAACAUCAUUCAUUCAUUUACUUCUGUAUUGAUUGCAUAAUACCUAUAAUCUAUUUAAUCAUUUGAAAACAGGUCAAAUCUGACAAAACAUCCAAAAAUGAAUCAUAAUAUUAAUUAUAAAUCAAUAGAUGGAACUGCAUAAAAUGUAAUACCUGCAUAAAAAACUUACCAUAAAUACAUUUGAUUCGAUUGAUGAUGCGAAGAGCACUAUUCACGACGAAUGUAAUGAACUAAAGAAAGAGAAACCCACUAUUGUUUGCUUUUGCAAAGAACCCGUUGGCAAGAUUCAUCUUGUCCCCUGGCUUCAAUUUGUUUCAUGAUAAUUGCUAUGGAUAUCGUUUGAUAUGCAAUAAGCUUGUUUUUUAUAAGGCGGUGAUCAUGGGUUGUUUAAGAAAACAGGAGAAGAGGACAGAUGCAGGCAUGCUUAAUGAUGCAAAUGAAAAUAUGCUGGACAGACAUCAUUUGGAGAAUAGCAACCCCAAACUUGGUGUUUUAUAUAGGCUUUCAUCGUUGUUACGAUUAUGGAUGCUUGCAAAUCUAUGGAACGAUUGUAAUGGGCUGAUUCUUCGCCUCCCUUGCCUGGUGCAUGCAGAUUUUACGAUAUUCGAAGUUGAUUGGUCCCUACAAGGAAGCCUGUUGGCAACAAUACAAGGUAUCCAUGAUGCAGACUGCACAUUGGAAUGUGUAAAGCAUCUUAAAUGCAAAUCAUACAAUAUACAGAAUGUCACAGCAGUUUGUGAACUGAACAGUAAGAUUGCUGGUGAAAAUGGAAGUAGUCUUGUUCAAAGACCUGGCUGGGUUUACAAGUCAACAGAUUACAACCAGACAGAGGUUGGAGAGACAUGCCAGAAGCUUCAUCCGUGUGCAAGUAACGUCCUCUGCAGGGAAACCUGUCACCAUCCUUACUACGAAUGCAUUCAUUGUGAUAAAAAGCAAACGGGCUUACAUUGCGACAAGCUGCAAGAUGAAGAUAAAUGCGAAAGUGACCCAUGUCUGAACAAGGGGACAUGCACGAAUACCGAAGAGAGCUACAAAUGUACAUGUGUAUCUGGAUAUACAGGCACUGCUUGUGAACAAGAAAUCAACGAAUGUGCCAGUCUUCCCUGCUUUAAUGGCGGGACCUGCGUUGACAAGCUGAAUAGCUUCGAAUGUACUUGUAAAUCUGGAUUCCAAGGAAAACAUUGUGAAUCAGAAAUUAUGGAAUGUCAAAGCUCUCCUUGCAAAAACGGUGGUAGCUGUAUAGAAAAAACGAAUGGAUAUUCAUGCGUUUGCCAACCAGGAUACACAGGAACAGAAUGCUGGACAAAUAUUGACGAAUGCGGAAGUGCGCCAUGUCGCAACGGUGGUACAUGUACGGACCAACUGAAUUCUUAUCACUGCUCUUGCCCAACACAGUGGCAAGGAAGUACCUGUGCGGAGAAUAACUACUGUCAUAGCAGCCCUUGUUUGAACCAAGGGACUUGCACAAAUUCUGCGUCAAGCUUCCAAUGCUCUUGUGCUGCUGGUUUUCAGGGAAACAGAUGCGAGACAAAUCUUGACGAGUGUGGUAGCUCCCCCUGCCAAAAUGGUGGCAAUUGCACAGAUCUGAUAAACAGUUACAGCUGCUCGUGCCUCAGAGGAUACGGUGGAUUUGACUGCUCGACUAACAUCAACGAAUGUGCAAGCAGUCCCUGUUCGAAUGGAGGAACUUGCAAUGAUCAGGUUGGCUAUUAUUCCUGUCAGUGCACCACUCCAUGGACUGGGGUAAAUUGUGCUGUUUACAACGGAUGUGCUAGCUCCCCAUGUCAAAAUAAUGGCAACUGCACAAAUCAAACAGCCAGCUACAAGUGCUCAUGCGCGAGAGGAUACAGCGGAUAUCAUUGCCAAGAUGAAUCAUCAUCAUGGUGCGGUUUGAUUGUAAAAUGCAAUUAUAACACAAGAUUAUGGAUGCUUGCAAAUCUAUGGAAUUAUUGCAAUGGGCUGAUUCUUCGCCUCCCUUGCCUGGUCCAUGCAGAUUUCACGAUAUUUGAAGUUGAUUGGUCUCUUCAAGGAAGCCUGUUGGCAACAAUACAAGGUAUCCAUGAUGCAGACUGCACUUUGGAAUGUGUAAAGCAUCCGAAAUGUAAAUCAUACAAUAUACAGAAUGUCACAGCAGUUUGUGAGCUGAACAGUAAGAUUGCUGGUGAAAAUGGAAGUAGUCUUGUUCAAAGACCUGGCUGGGUUUACAAGUCAACAGAUUACAACCAGACAGAGGUUGGAGAGACAUGCCAGAAGCUUCAUCCGUGUGCUAGUAACGUCCUCUGCAGGGAAACGUGUCACCAUCCUUACUACGAAUGCAUUCAUUGUGAUGAAAAGCAAACGGGCUUACAUUGCGACAAGCUGCAAGAUGAAGAUAAAUGCGAAAGUGACCCAUGUCUGAACAAUGGAACAUGUACAAAUACUGAAGAGAGCUACAAAUGUACGUGUGCAUCUGGAUACACAGGCACUGCAUGUGAACAAGAAAUCAACGAAUGUGCCAGUCUUCCCUGCUUUCAUGGCGGGACCUGCGUUGACAAGCUGAAUAGCUUCGAAUGUACUUGUAAAUCUGGAUUCCAAGGAAAACAUUGUGAAUCAGAAAUUAUGGAAUGUCAAAGUUCUCCUUGCAAAAACGGUGGUAGCUGUAUAGAAGCAACGAAUGGAUAUUCAUGCGUUUGCCAACCAGGAUACACAGGAACAGAAUGCUUGACAAAUAUCGACGAAUGCGGAAGUGCGCCAUGUCGCAACGGUGGUACAUGUACGGACCAACUGAAUUCUUAUCACUGCUCUUGCCCAACACAAUGGCAAGGAAGUACCUGUGCGGAGAACAACUACUGUCAUAGCAGCCCUUGUUUGAACCAAGGGACUUGCACAAAUUCUGCGUCAAGCUUCCAAUGCUCUUGUGCUGCUGGUUUUCAGGGAAACAGAUGCGAGACAGAUUUUGACGAGUGUAGUAGCUCCCCCUGCCAAAAUGGUGGCAGUUGCACAGAUCUGAUCAACGGUUACAGUUGCUCAUGCCUCAGGGGAUACAGUGGAGUUGACUGCUCGACUAACAUCAACGAAUGUGCAAGCAGUCCCUGUUCGAAUGGAGGAACUUGCAAUGAUCAGGUUGGCUAUUAUUCCUGUGAGUGCACCACUGCAUGGGCUGGGAUAAACUGUGAUGUUUACAACGGAUGUGUUAGCUCCCCAUGUCAAAAUAAUGGCAACUGCACAAAUCAAAUAGAGGGCUACAGGUGCUCAUGCGCAAGUGAAUACCGCGGAGAUAAUUGCCAAGAGAAUGACUACUGUCACAGCAGCCCUUGUUUGAACGAGGGGACGUGCACAAAUUAUGCGUCAAGCUUCCAAUGCGAUUGUGCUACUGGCUAUAGCGGAGACAUAUGCGAGGAAGGUCCGGGGUCGUCUUUAAUGAUCCAGAAGAACAGAAGAGACUCGAGAUGCGGACAUCGUACUGAUGUACAUAAAAUGAUGCUGAACAAAGUUAAUUUAAAGAGAGAAAACGCCAAACUCAAUGCCUUUCGUGGGCUUUCGUCGCUGUUAAGAUUAUGGAUGCUUGCAAAUCUAUGGAAUUAUUGCAAUGGGCUGAUUCUUCGCCUCCCUUGCCUGGUCCAUGCAGAUUUCACGAUAUUCGAAAUUGAUUGGUCCCUACAAGGAAGCCUGUUGGCAACAAUACAAGGUAUCCAUGAUGCAGACUGCACGUUGGAAUGUGUAAAGCAUCCUAAAUGUAAAUCAUACAAUAUACAGAAUGUCACAGCAGUUUGUGAGCUGAACAGUAAGAUUGCUGGUGAAAAUGGAAGUAGUCUUGUUCAAAGACCUGGCUGGGUUUACAAGUCAACAGAUUACAACCAGACAGAGGUUGGAGAGACAUGCCAGAAGCUUCAUCCGUGUGCAAGUAACGUCCUCUGCAGGGAAACGUGUCACCAUCCUUACUACGAAUGCAUUCAUUGUGAUGAAAAGCAAACGGGCUUACAUUGCGACAAGCUGCAAGAUGAAGAUAAAUGCGAAAGUGAUCCAUGUCUGAACAAUGGAACAUGUACAAAUACUGAAGAGAGCUACAAAUGUACGUGUGCAUCUGGAUACACAGGCACUGCAUGUGAACAAGAAAUGAACGAAUGCGCCAGUCUUCCCUGCUUUCAUGGCGGGACCUGCGUUGACAAGCUGAAUAGCUUCGAAUGUACUUGUAAAUCUGGAUUCCAAGGAAAACAUUGUGAAUCAGAAAUUAUGGAAUGUCAGAGCUCUCCUUGCCAAAACGGUGGUAGAUGUAUAGAAAUGUUGAAUGGAUAUUCUUGCGUUUGCCAACCUGGAUACACCGGAACAGAAUGCUCAACAAAUAUCAACGAGUGUGCAAGCAACCCUUGUUUGAAUGGAGGUUCUUGCAAUGAUCAGGUUAAUGCUUACACCUGUAGCUGCGCAAAUGGAUGGACAGGGGUUUACUGUGCAGAUAUCGAUGAAUGCGCAAGUGCGCCAUGUCUCAGCGGUGGUACAUGUACGGACGAUGUUAAUUCUUAUCACUGCUCUUGCAUACCACCAUGGUAUGGAAGUACCUGCGCAGAUUUUGACGAUUGCGAUAGCUCCCCUUGCCAGAAUGGUGGCAAUUGCACAGACCUUGCAAACAGCUACAGCUGUUCAUGCCCUAGAGGAUACGGUGGAGUGGACUGCUCCCUAGAUAUCAACGAAUGUGCAAGCAGUCCUUGUUUGAAUGAAGGAACCUGCAUUGAUCGGGUUGGAUCUUAUUUCUGCUAUUGCACCACUGCAUGGACCGGGGAAAACUGUGCAGCUGUUAAUUAUUGUGCUUCGUCAGAUUGCGACUGGGGUGAAGAAUGCUUAAAUCUUCCAGAAGGCUUCCUUUGCUAUACUCCAAAUCAAUGGUGGUCCAGACGAAAAUGAGACUAAAACCAGCUGCAGUGAAAGACCAGGUGAAAUUAUUCUUUAUUGGUGUCACGGAUAUAAUCUAUUAUAAGCCAUAAAACCCAUUCAGUUACCUUACUUUCUUAUUGGCUAUUGUAGAUUUUAUCUUCAUGUAACGGACCCGUUGAAUUAUCGUAAUAUUAACCCGUAAUCUGUCUAUCAAAAGUAGUUGAUUUGUAAAAAGCUAAUUUUUUUCUGGCAAGAAAAAAAUUUAAAAGAAACUUGAAGGGAUUCAUUUAUCGUAAACAGUUGGACUGUCUUAAUUGUACUGAGAAAAAAAAACUUUAAUCCUUUUCUAGUCUAUUAACUUUUUUGCAAAAAAUGUGAUAUAUUUGAAGCCGAAGUGAAAAAGCUGGGAGAUUUUCUGUUGCCAAGAGCCGAACAAUACAAAUAUCGUUAAAUCGUUUAACAGAAAACUUGUGUCGUAUAAAUUGAAAAUAUAUGAAAGGGAUAGGAAACUAAAUAUAUUGCAGAUAUACCUUAAGCCCUGGUCAAACGCAUCCAACAUUUCAUCUAACAUUUACUCCCAAAAAAUUAGAAAGUUCGUUGAUAUUUUUGAGCGGGUGGUCAAGCGCAUCCAACAUUACAUCCAACAUUGAAAAUCAAAAUUUGUUCUUUACCGUGAUCAAACUUCAUCCAACUUCAGUUUGCAAAUGUUGGGUGACCCAACAUGGGUGGUCAAACGCAUCCAACGUUUCCUCCAACAUUGAAA